AUGGCAGCUCUCCCGACUCGACCAAAGAGGAGAUAUGCGGCUACUCUGGGAGCUGGGCGAUGCUUAUUUUACGAGGAAGCGGAUUUGUUGAGGGUUCAGUCGGCGUUCAAUAAGCAGGGAAGGAAGAUGGCGCAAGACCGCACUGAAGGGCGUGGUAUCGGCCGGGCUCAGCCGUUGUUGAAUUACAUGCCGGUGGGAGAGGACGGAGUGGAGGAGAAGAUGGGAGGUGUUGCAACUACUACACGAAAAUUGACUCCUGAGGAGAUUAAAAUCCGUGAGGAAGAGUUGAGGAAGAUGUCCGAGAUGCCGUCACCAUGGUCGUUGAUGGAUAAGGAACAACAUAGGAAUCCUGUUCUACGAUUGCAUGAGGAGGUAUGGGCGUUUGCUGAACAUUAUUUGCUAACACCUAAGGGGACCAGAAUGGAGGCGGGAAAAAUGGCGAAAAACAUCGCGGAUGAGGUAGAGGCUUGUUUGAGAGCUGACCAACCGUCUACCACCUCCUCGAAGAAAUGGGCGUCUGUUCGGCCGUGUGGCCUUUACAGUUUGGGUGAGUUCGUUGAUGAAAUCUUCGCUGUGCGCAAGAGGCGUAUCUUUGGGUAUCUUUAG